GUUUCAUAUCAUUGGAAAUUUGUAUCUUGACGUUUGUAUCAUGAAUGACAGUAUGAUACUAGUGGGAUCUGCAAUUUUUGGUUAUUAAAAAAGAGAAUGAAAAUCAUCGAAAUUUACAGUUUUACAAAAUGAUACAAUUCUUACAGUCAUGGUUGUGGAAGGAAUUGCAUUAUGUAAUAGUGCAUGUAUAACUUGCAUCUGGUGCAUUUUAUUAUCGGUAUUUUGUCCAAGAUUUAUGAACAAUCUCAAACAGGUAGACUCUAGUGUGUGUUGUAUGCGAAAACCAAAAUUGAAGAAAAAGUUUUCAAAAAUAUUCAAUAAUCGCAAGUCGAAAGAUAUUUCACGAAAAUCACGAAAUUCCAGCGAUUUUCGAUCCCUAAAUAAAUAUAAAAAUAAACGAAAUCAGAAAAGCAUGAGCGUAUGUCAGAGAAAUUCAGAAAUUGAUAAUGGCUGUUCUCCCAGACAUUUUAAUGGAAAGGACAUAUCGGGAAAUUAUAUCACAAAGAUAAAAGAUCCUGUAGAGAUUGACAUUUCGUCUGCCAAUAAAAGAAAUGAUACGAAUUUGAUUACUGUUGAAAAAUCCAAAAAUCAGAGUACGACAAUAGAUGAUAAGACAUUAGAGUAUUAUAAUGAUCACAAAGAGGAUUCAAGUCAUUUGAAUUUUGAUUAUAAAAUUCAAAAACCGAUCAGACGAUAUAAGUUGUAUACAAAGCUUAGUAGAAGAUCUAGCGAUUCUGGUGAACAUUUUUUAGUAAGACGAAAUUGAGAUCACGAUUUUUUUUAAAUUCCGACUACGAAGUCAACGAUGAAACUUCAAUAAUUUCAUCGACUGGAAAUUAUUAAAAUUUUCGUAACUCAUUACUUCUUGUACAAUAUUUCGCGAGAUUUACUUGUUUCGAUUCCCAACAAAAGCCAGCUUCACAUCAUCAUCCGACGAAAGAUCCAUUGUGAAAUUUCAAAUAUUCAAAACCUAAAUUUAAGAGUAUAUACCACUACGUUUCCUUCAUGCAUUGCAAAAUUUAUGAAAAAAAAAGCGAAGAAAACUAAAAAAUAUAAAUAUUCAUUCAGUUUAUAAAAUACAAAAUGCAUUUAUCUCGUUACUAAGGAAUGGCAUCUUUGGCAUUAUGCAGCUGCGCUUGCGUUGCGUGUCUCUGGAUGGCAUUUUGCAGUAUGUGUACAUCCCGAAUCUGUAAGAAAAUGGAUGCCUACAGAUCAAUGCAGUAUGUUUGUUAUCGAUGUCCACAUACCAUAAAUACCAACGAUCAAGAUGAAGAAAAGAUUGACAUAACUUGUUCUAAAGAAAAAAUCAUUCAAG